CGCGGGCUCAUCGUCUCAAGGAGGAUUCCAAAUGGCGACCAAAAGCUUCAGGUUUGGACUCUCGUCCUUUUUACGCCAAACAUGCAAAAACCACAAGGCAUCGUUAUGGAGGGGAAGUAGUGGAAGGUACAGCUACCUACACACAUCACCUAUCUCUAAUGAAAAGUACUUUGAUAAAAUUCUUAUUGCCAACAGAGGAGAGAUUGCUUGCAGAGUAAUGAAAACAUGCAAGCGUCUUGGCAUUAAAACUGUUGCUGUAUACAGUGAAGCUGAUGCAGAUGCUCUCCAUGUGAAAACUGCUGAUGAAGGUGUGUGUGUUGGGCCACCUCCAACAAACCAGAGCUACCUCAACAUGGAUGCAAUCCUGGAUGCUAUACAGAUAACUGGAGCCCAAGCUGUUCACCCAGGAUAUGGAUUUCUUUCUGAGAAUUUUAGAUUUGUUGAAAAACUGGACAAGAUAGGAGUGACAUUCAUUGGUCCCUGUACGUAUGCCAUGAAGUGCAUGGGUGACAAGAUAGAGAGUAAAAUCAUCGGCAAAAAGGCUGGUGUCAACACUAUUCCAGGAUAUGAUGGUGUAGUCAAGAACCAGGAUGAUGCAGUCAAGAUUGCAAAUGAAAUAGGUUAUCCUGUGAUGCUGAAAGCAUCUGCUGGUGGAGGAGGAAAAGGCAUGAGAAUUGCCUGGAAUGAUACAGAGACAAAGGAAGGCUUCAAGUUGUCAUCUCAAGAGGCUAUGUCCAGCUUUGGAGAUGAUAGACUUCUCAUAGAAAAGUUUAUAGAUGAACCAAGGCAUAUUGAGAUCCAGGUUCUUGGAGACAAGCAUGGUAAUGCUGUUUAUCUUAAUGAAAGAGAAUGUUCAAUCCAAAGAAGAAAUCAAAAAGUGAUUGAAGAAGCACCAAGUUCAUUUGUAGACCCAGAUUUGCGUAGAGCUAUGGGCGAACAGGCUGUUGCUUUAGCUAAAGCAGUAGGUUACGACUCGGCAGGCACAGUAGAGUGCAUGGUUGAUUCCAAGAAAAACUUUUAUUUCCUGGAAAUGAACACCCGACUGCAAGUGGAACAUCCAAUCACAGAGAUGACAACGGGUGUUGAUCUGGUAGAACAAAUGAUCAGAGUCGCUGCAGGUCAUCCUCUGGAACUGAAACAGUCUGAAAUACCACUGAAGGGCUGGGCCUUUGAAUGUCGUGUUUAUGCUGAGGAUCCAACCAAGAACUUUGGACUUCCAUCCAUCGGCAGACUGUACAAGUACAUCGAGCCUACACACCUCGAAAAUGUACGAUGUGACAGUGGUAUUAUUGAAGGCAGUGAGAUCAGUAUCUACUAUGAUUCCAUGAUAUCCAAGUUAGUAACAUAUGGUAACACACGAGAAGAAGCCAGGGCUAUCAUGAACACAGCUCUGGAUUCAUAUGUCAUUCGAGGGCUGAAACACAAUGUAUCGUUACUCAAGGACGUGUUAAACCAUCCCAAGUUCGUCGAAGGUGAUUUCAAUACAAAAUUCCUCCCCAGAGAGUACCCCAAAGGCUUCAAAGGGCAUAUUCUGACUGAAAUUGAGCGGGAGCAAUUGCUAGCCAAGGCUGCUUACAUGUUUGUUCAACGAGCAAGGAAAGCCAAAAUGUUCCUCAAUCAGACAAGGGUUAAUGCAGUGGCUAAAGAGCAGGUGCAGUGGGAUCUCGUAGUUACCCUAGAUAAAGAGACCUAUCCAAUACAGGUUAACUAUGUUGGUGAUGGUGCUUAUGAGAUGGUGGCUGAUGAUAAAACCAUCACAUUCAAGCCUACCACUCCACUCUCAGCGCCAGUCUUCCAUGCUCUUGUUAAUAAUGACGACAUCUUAUACCAGACUAUUUCAAAACAUGGUAAUCUGUACAGAAUCCAACAUUGUGGGACAAUCUACAAACUUCGUGUUCAUACCAAGGCAGAAGAUGAAAUGAAGAAAUACAUGCCUGAAAAAGCUGAUGAAGACAUGAGUCCAUAUCUCAAGUCCCCUAUGCCUGGUAAGGUAGUGUCUGUGGCAAUUGAGGUGGGUGACCUCGUUCAUGAAGGACAAGAACUGGUUGUGGUGGAAGCCAUGAAAAUGCAAAACAGUUUGACAGCACAGAUAACUGGCAAGGUUGUCAAGGUGAACUGCAAACAAGGAAAUAACGUGGCCGAGGGAACCAUAUUGGUCGAGAUAAAGGAAACCGAAGAAAAAGAAUAAAAUCUCAACUCACCAAGAAAAAAAUAAUUACGGUAAAAAGAACCAAAAUAUUUCAAAUAGUAAAAUAAUUUUUAAAAUAUUGAACAUUAGCUAAGGAUAAAAUAUUGUUAGCUAAGUACAACAAAGUUGAACAUGAAGGUUGUGUGUUUGUGACUCAUCCCUAGUCUUUUUUCCGUGUGUGAUAGAAGAGGGAAGACUGGUCGUCACAAAUCUGUGUUAAGAAGUUCUUUUACUAAAUCAUCCCCUAAUAUUAACAAACGAGAUUGGCAUGGGUACAAUACAUUUAGUGUGUUUUUUCCCCGUCACAAUUUACCUUGGUACAAGUCAUUUAUUCAGUUUCUUUCCCCAUCAUCUUCUAGUUAACAAAAGAUUACCUUAAUAUAAGUCAUUUAUUCGGGUUUUUUUCCUUCAUCAUCUAGUUAACAAAAGCCCAUUUUAUUUACUUUAACGAGAGAGGACGGUGCAAACACAUUCAUAUAGAGCAAGAAAGUAGAAUAUUUUUUGAAUUGCAUGUGUUAUAAAACAUUUUGGUUUUAGAUUCCUUUGAAUCUAGAAGGAUUGAAAAAGUGAUAAUUGACAAUGAGGAAUUGUAAAUCACACUAACGUAUUUUAGCAAUAAAUUAAUUCAUCUAUAAUAUUA